GAGACCCAUCACUAGUUCAGAGGUCUAUACUCACAUACCUACAAUUUCUUUGGCGCUGCACUGAAAUAAACACAAACAAAAAUUUUAGGUACCUUUAAUAAGUGCAGAGUUAUGAAAGUGAAAAAGGACUGAAAACAUUUACUGUUUAAAGACUGGAAACUAACCAGUGGAAUAUUCAUUAAUGCAAAUGAGAAAAUUAUUUAAAACUAAAAUGUUGCCCUUCAAAACAUUGUUACGAAGAUUCUCAGUUUCUACGGCCAGAAACACUGGCUUCAUUGAAGAAAUGCAACGGAAUUAUAUCCCAACUAGUCCAUUCCAAAGGACAAUGCUUUCUUGUGGAUCAGCACUAGUUUCAUUGUUAAAUCCACACAGAGGUGAUAUGAUAGCUUGUUUGGGGGAAGUCACAGGAGAAAGUGCUAUGAAAUAUAUGCGACAAAAAAUGUUAGAGACAUCAGAAGGUGCUGAAAUAUUAAAAGAAAUGCCUCGAAUUAAUUCAUCAACUGUGUCAUUUGAAACUCUUUCACAGAUGCCUUCAAAUACUAUUGGUCGUAUAUAUGCAGACUUCAUGCGGGAUAAUAAAAUUACUGCAGAUUCCCGUUUACUUGUCCAAUUCAUAGACGAUCCUGAACUGGCAUAUGUGAUGCAACGGUACAGGGAAGUCCAUGACUUAGUUCAUGCCACAUUGUUUAUGAAGACUACUAUGCUUGGAGAGGUUACAGUAAAAUGGGUGGAGGGUAUACAAACAAAGCUUCCUAUGUGCAUAAAUGGCGGAAUCUGGGGCGCUGGUAGACUUAAGCCCAAACAUCGCAAACUUUAUCUAAAAUAUUAUUUGCCUUGGGCUAUUAAAACAGGGAACACAGCAAAAUUUAUGCAAGGAAUUUACUACGAAAAAAGGUGGGAGCAAGAUAUAGAUGAUUUUCACAAAGAAAUGAACAUUGUUAGAUUGGUUUGAUUAGGAGCUUAUAUUUGUUAAUGUUUAGCUAGCCCUAGUAAAUUAUAGAUCAAAUUAUAUAUUUUAUUAUUAAAAUUAUGUUAUUAAGACCUCACCAAUAAGUAGAUUUUGAUAAAGAAGAAAAUACAAAGGUAUCUGUUUUCACAUAAAUUUAUUGUGAUUUAGUUU